AUGGCAUAUCGGCCACAGGCCAGCGGGACCGUAGAAAGAAUGGUACAAACGGCGACCAGGGCGCUCAAGAUGUAUGUUCGCGAUCUGGAUCAGAAGGAUUGGGACGAGUAUGCUGAGCGACUAACCUUCGCGAUCAACACAGCUCAUGAUCGGAUCCGAGGAGAUACCCCUCACUUUUUGGUGCAUGGGUGGGAUCCGAGAUCGACAUUGGAGGCUACACUGCCGGUCGUGCCGGUGGGAUGUACGAGACGGCGCGAUCGAGACGCGCGGCGGUGGCGAUAUCGGGUCCAGCGAUAUUAUCAGCAAUCCCGAGAACAAGUCAAUGCCAGAUUGAAAGAAGCCAUUGCAGAUCGGGCCGACCGACACAACGAAGACGUCGGAUCACACCAGAUCGAGGACGGAUCCCGCAUCUGGUUACAUCUAGAUCGGGUGAAGGAAGGAUACGCGCGGAAAUUGGCGCACCUUUGGCAUGGGCCAUUCCGAGUCGCCGAAAAAAUCAACGAAUUCAGCGUCAAGCUCGAGAUCACAGGCACCGGGUACCAGAUCUUCCCAGUCGUUCACGUGUCGAGGCUGAAAUUGGUCAAGGAUUUUCCCGAUCGGCCGCGAGUAGAACUUACAGUAGAUGAGGCGGAUCGGCUCGAUUUCGAUGAGAUCCUGCUUCCGGAGGACAGUUGGGUCCCGGAUCUCGGGGCCGAUGAGUACGAAGUCGAGCGGAUCUCUGAUGUGCGGAGUGGGAACAAGACGCGAUAUGGUCGGAUCUACCGAGAAUUCCUCGUUCAUUGGGCAGGAUUUGAUGAGCCAACCUGGGUCGACGAAGCCAAUCUCAACUGCGGGGCAACAUUGAACGGCUUCCUGCGGGAACGGGCUAAUCGGAACCGCUUCAAUGUGAUACAAUCACAUGAGGAGAUGUAA